AUGCCUCACGCCUCUCUAAAACAUAACCGAGCACUGCCCCUCCUCGAUGCAGCUGUGGCCGGCAAAUACGCCGUCCCUGGGAUGUGCUGCUAUAACCUCGAGGGCGUGCUAGCAACUGUCCGCGCUGCAGAAGCCAAAAGGUCUCCAGCUAUGGUCCUUCUUUUCCCUUGGGCCAUCGAAUACGCCGAUGGUCUUCUUGUACAAGCCGCCGCGACAGCAUGCCGCAAUGCCUCUGUGCCGGUGACGCUACACAUGGACCACGCUCAGAGUCCCGAAAUCAUCAAGCGAGCCGCAGACAUGUCCCCCACCUUCGAUAGCAUCAUGGUUGAUAUGUCUCACUUUGAGAAAGCGGAGAACCUAGCUCUCACGCGCGAGUUGGUAGCGUACUGCAAUGCCCGCGGCAUCGCUACAGAAGCAGAACCAGGGCGUAUCGAAGGCGGAGAGGACGAGGGGCUUUUAACUACGCCAGAAGAGAGCCAGGAGUUUGUUGACACGGGGAUUGAUUGGUUAGCUCCUGCGUUUGGCAAUGUGCAUGGGGAGUAUGGCCCAAGAGGUAUUCAGCUGGAAUAUGAUAGGCUGCGAAGUAUUAACGAGGCGGUGGGGAAGAAGACGAAGUUGGUCCUUCACGGUGCAGACCCGAUGACGAAGGAGAUCUUCGAUAAGUGCAUUGAGUGUGGUGUGUCGAAAGUGAAUAUCAACAAGGUCAUGAAUAACGAAUAUAUGAAAGUGCAGAGGGAGUACGCGGGCCGAGUCCCUAUUACGAAGUUGCAUGAGUUGGCAACUGAUGCGAUGCAAAAAGCCGUGGAGAGUUCAAUGGACAUGCUGGGCUCAACUGGGAAGGCUGCUUGA